UUUAUUAUAUAUUUAGUGCGGUAUAACGCAUUAUCUCAUUAAUUCUCUCCAUUUUAAUUAUUGCCGUCAUAUCACCCUGUUCGAAUUAUCAUUCCCCAUAAAUUCGCAUAUAAAAAGUUGACAUUUGCAUAUGAGAUUUUUCUACGAUAGUGGACAACGAGGUGCGCCUUGAAAUCUUUUAAAAGUUGGGAUAUUAGUGCAAUUAUGCAUUAAAACGCAAUUGAGAAAAUUAAUUUAGUAUCUUACAUUUGUAUGUUUACGUGUUCCAUAAUUUCAUCAUUUGUGAAAAGUGCAUAGUGAUCAGUUGUGCAAGUGCAGUUUUAUAAAUUAAUGCGUGUGCUAUACGAAAAAUUCUCGUGUCCAAAGUAUGCUGACGCGUUAAUGCAAUAAAAGUUAAAAAUUAAUGUGCAAAAAGCUUUGUAAAAAAAUAAAAUGAAUGCUGAUGAGUCGUCUGAUGCAGGUGCAAAAACAAAGCUUAGUGGAGAAAAAAAUGUGCUCACGAUGAACAGCGAACCAGCAACCACUUCUAAGAAGAGCACUGCAGCUUCUGCUAGUAAUGCCAUUCAUUCCAAUCAAGAUUUUGGUAGUAUCAAGCACAUUCAGUUACCUAAUAUACCACAAAUCACAGCCGUGGCUCCCUCUGCCCAUCCCGUCGUUACUGACGAACGGCUAAAUGCCAACAGUGCUAAACGGGUCAUACGUAAAGUUAUGGUAAUUGAUCCAAAAAAGUUACAGCAGGCUGGUUUAGAUCGAAAGUUAGCAGAAGCUAUCGGUAGGCAAAAGCUUAAGGCGUUGGCUCAGGAAAAGAAGAAUAGUGAACAAAAUGCUGAACCAAUAAAAUUGUUAACACAUAAACCUCAAAAAGAUUCAAAAUCACUCCUUGUGCGACCUUCAGCAGCAGCAACAGUAAAAACAUAUACAAAAUCAAUUAAAUCUACGCUCUUAACAACGCCUGCAACGCAUACAGUACCAGCCACAAUAGAACCCCUUCCCACAAUCAAGAAAUCAGAAUCGGUUAAAAAUGAAUCGCUAAAAUCACCUGCAACUGAAAUAACAACUACAAUGACCAAUGCAACCUUUAGCGGUACCGCUCAAAAUCAAGUUGUUACCAAAUCGCCUGCAGCCGAAAGAAAAGAUUUUGUUACACCAAAAAUAACUAUAACUCGCCCUGGCGAAGAAAUAACGCCACUUCGGAUAGUUCCCGAACAUCGUUUAGAGAAUGUGAAAUAUAUAUUGCAGUGUAGGAUUUUGAAAAAACAGCAGUUGGCAGCUCAAGCGACCAAAGCUGUUCAACAAACAAUCGCAACGACACCCUCAACGGCUUGCUUGUCAAACAAUAAAUUGCCGCUGUUGGAACCAAAAGUCGAAAUCGAUGAAUUUCCAAGCACUUCCACAGCAGUCCUACUUAAAAAACCUUCUCCCGCCAAAACUCCACAGGACAUUGCACGUGUACUUGACUUUAGUUCUGAGGCGACUACGGUCAGCUCGGCAUCUGUCACAGCGACGGCUGCAAUUGAAAACAAAGUCGAGAAAACUGAGACCACAAGCCCAUUACAUAUAAAGAACUAUGGCGUCUAUGUACCCAAAGCAUCACCAAUAAAGGCGGCGGAAUCCGAGGGUAGGCGUGCUGUUGACAUCGCGCGUUUGGUAGCUCGCAACAGUACCGCAACAAUGCGAAACGACCUGGAACAGCCAGUUUAUGAAACUGUGAAGCCUAUUGAUAUACCGAAAGCCAGUAUAAGAUGUAAAAAUUUAUUAAUCGAACCAAAAGCUACACAAGGAAGUAGCGCUCAGUGCUCUAAAAAGAAUGUGAUAGACACGCAAAGGCUCCAAAAAGCAAUGCCGAAGCUGUCUACAGGCCCAGCUUCUAUUUCCAAAAAUGCUGUUCCAAGAAAGCUCGUGAAAUUUGUCUAUACAAAUCCGCGGAAUCAGCAAACUAAUAAUCCAAACGAUGCCUGCUCCACCGUGAAUCCGAAUGCUCAGAAACAAACCUCAUUUGUACAACUUAAGGAUCUUACGGGGUUUGCUCAUUUAAAGCAACCUUUUCCGCAAGAUUUGUCUUUACCACCUAAUACUAAAAUAAAACUCAUCUACAAAAAACAGCCGGUUGCAGAUGAACUCAAUAAAAGUUUUUCCUCGGAGCCAAAAGAAAACAAUAAAACUGCUAAUGUGGAGACCAAUACUCAGCCAAACAAUGAACCUUCACAAUUUAAGGACUUUCCUGCUUACUCUCCACUAAAGACACCAUUUCCAGUUGUUACACACUCGCAAGAUUUGCCAUUGCCAACGAUCUCAACAUUCAGAACUCCUUUCCCAACAACCUUGAUCAAAGUCGGUAAAAUGGGACAGCCGCAGAGCGGUGGCAUUAUGUCACUCACGGCACAACACGCCACUACACCCGGCGAAGAAGAUUCGCGACCCUCUCAAUCUGCAAAAAGUUUGAUUGUGCUCGAGAAUAAAGUAUUGGCGCCGGAUGAAAAGAUAGAUUUGACGGCACUAGGAUUGGAAACGCCCAAAAUGGAACCAACGUCGGGUUUGCAUGCACUAGACAGUCAAGAAAAACCCGCGCCAUCUCAUAAUGUACAAGAAAAUAUUAAAGUUAGCCAGCCGCCAAUUGCGUCAACCUCAGCGGUAUCUAUGAAAAAUCUGCUGGCGGAAGGUGCAAAACUUAAUAAUCGCAAAAUUUUGUCAAUAGAUAAACUUCAAUUUUCAGCGGAGAAGGUAGCUGAGCUAGUCAAAAUCAUAAAAGCGCAAAAUCUAAAUUCAAAAAAUGUUUUACUUGUACGUAACCUCGAAAAUAAGCCAGAGACAAGUAUGAAAUCUAAAGGUUUAACAGUGAUCAAACUCCAAACAAAUUCAGUGGCUGAAAACCGAACACAACCUGUAACAACCAUGCCGAAUGAAAAACUCAGCCUGCCUUAUAGACUCACUUCUAUUCAAAGUCAAAACAUUCGAGAUGCAUCAGUAGCGAAAUCAACCACCGUACCUCUGCCGAUUGAAAAGCCUGGGGUCAACACUUCUCGAACUCAAAUCGAAAAUAAUUACGUAAACAAAAUACCAACAGCCGAUUCAGUAUUACCCGUAUUAAAAUCUGAACCAUUGACAGACCCAGAAUCGCAAUCUGACUCGGAAACCCAAUUCAAAAAUCCUUUGCCUCUAGUUUCGCAUAAGUCUUACGCUACGGAUCAAUUUGGACGCAUCAAAUCCUCUGGCUCUGUGAUUGACAGUGGCGACGAAUCGGAUGCGUCCAUUUCUGCCGUGGAUUUCAUUGCUUCGCUGGCAGCUGAGCAUCCCAUUACUGAAGAUACGCAAUUGGAACUCUCACCGGAAGAGCUGAAUUUGAAUGCGUCAUUCGCAAUGAAUUUCUCACCUUUGCGUAUACCGAACAGGGAUAGAACUGUGAGCAUAAAAAGCGAAAUUAUGGAGCAAGAUGCUUAUGAGUUCAACGAGCCAAAUGCUGAUGUUUCAGCUGAGACAUUUGACCCUGAAACGAUGCCUGACGACGUUCAGAUCGGCAAGAUUAUCACGAUCAGUGAAGAAAACAUUCUUAAAGCAGUAGCUGCUUCGCAAACUAGUGGCAACGCCGAAACGCAAGAGGUCUUCAAACUCACCAAAAGCACUGAAUACCUGGACGCGAAUAAAGAGGAAGUGAACUUAGCGGAAAACUUAGACAACUUGGAUGUCGUCGACACUGACAACUUGGCUGAAUCGAAAGUGGGACCUAUAUUAGUGAAAAAUAUAGAAGUUGGCGUCAUAAACAACUUUGAAAACCAGCAAACGAGGCCAUUGAUUGUGAAAAAUUUCGAAACAGACCGAUCAUCCUGUUUCGGCCAACUGAGUACAAAUGAAGGAAUUGUUGUUGAGAGCACUGCUUUGGAGACAGUCAAAGUUUUGCCCGUAGUCAGUGAAGCAUCGGCUCAAAGUAUAAUCAUUGCAAACAAAAGCAACUCAACUGAUCAACAAGAGUCGACGCAAAUUAGUAACACAGAAAAUGCCGCACCAAAAAUGGAUCAAGCGGAUCAUUUAAAAGCUAGUGCCCCAUUCAACGCUGACGAGAAUACGGAUUCCAACGAAAAUUUGUUAGAAAUUUCUAGCGCAGCACCAAAACGUUUACCGCGCUUAAAGAAGGGCAAAAUUAAUUUAGUUCAACGUAAGAAGACAACCGCAUUAUCACAGGAAACAAAAGCGGUAUCCAAAAAGGCAUCCGAAAUUGUCGCGAAUUCCGAGGACCAAGUGGAGGUUGAACACAACCAGGACGGCCAAGUAACUGUGCUAGAAGAAGGUAAUAAAGGUAUUGAUAAGGUAAUGGAAAACGAUUUAAAGGCCACCAAAGUCAAGCUCAAAGUUGACGAUGUGAAACAGAAAUGGUUCUCCGAGUCGUCGCCAUCAAAAGUAGAAGGAAACUCUGCUGUGCUCAUAGAACCAAUGGGAGAUAUUGAAGAUAACGAUAAUAAUUUAUCUGAUUACGCAGACGAGCAGUGGACCUGCGAAGCGUCGCCACUAAACGAGUGUGUCUCACCAACACCCCCUUCGAAUGAAUGGUUACCAAAAUCAAGCGACUUGAAACGUAAAACCGCAGAUAUAUCCGAGCUUUUAAAUCCGCCUAAAAUGCCUAAACGAAGAUCUGCUGGUGCAGAUGACAAACCCGCAGCUUCGUCUAUUGUUUCGACUCCAUCAGGUAAGAAAAAUCUACUGCUGACCGCAGUUAAAGCAACUACCAAAGACACAGAGCUCACACCGGCCAAAAACCCUUUUAAAAAGGCAAAAGUAGAGGUCGAUAUUAGCGAGAAACCUAUGAAGGGCAUACAGAAUCUUUUGACGAAAUUCAGUAAAGAUAAGAAUGUGGUCGAGCAGAGAGAAGGCACAGAUCAGAUUAUUAGUGAAAGCAAAUCGAAGAUAAGGGAAGCAAACGUUUCAGUGAAGGCUGCGGAUGCUGGCAAAUCACCUCAAAAACAGUCAGACGUAAUGUCUGCGGCCAAAAAUCAAUUGAAGCCGUUGGUGAAAAAUAAGGAAGAGUUAAAGCAUAAUGAAAAACCAGAUUCCGGACAAGAACUACAAGAAGAUGUUGUGCAAAAAUCAGAGGAAAUUGCUGAGAACAAGACUGAUAAUUUAAGCUGUUCACUGAAACAGGAGACACAAUCGGACUCAAAACCUGUGGCAGAUUCCAAGCAGAAACGUGAAACAACAAAUCUAAAUGUCUCGUUCGACAGCGAAAAAAACGAGACAAUCAAAGUUAGUGUAGCAUCUAACGACUGUGAUAGUACGAAUGUGAUAGCAAAUGAGCAGUUAGAGGUAAAAAUUUCUGAAGAUAAUGAGGACGGAGCUGAGCAACCAAAAUCUGGUUUCCUCGGAUUUGACCAUACCUCACCAAGUACGCAUAACAUUGAAAGCAAUCUGCAACAUAUUCUCACGAUUACCAAUAGUGCUGAGCAAACGAAAACUCGCGAUGAAAAUUUCAGCACUGCAGAGCGCGAGAGUCCACACGCUAUAAAAAGCGGAACCAAGUUUAGGCAGGCCCGAAAAUCAACAAAUCGACGCAGCGUACCGCUAAAGAAACGUUGGGGAGUUAUGAGCGAAUCCGACGAUGAUAUUGAUAUUACCGAUGAUACAACGCCGGCUGACGAUGAGGAGGAUACUGACGAGACGACGACCCCGGCAGGUUUUCGAAGCCAAAUCAAAUCUAAAGGACCGAAAAGCUCUCAAAGUGGAAAUGGGUUGCAAAGUGAUACAGAUGAAUGUGAAAUAGACGUAUUUACGUUUUUGAAACCCAAGGGAAAACAAGUCGUCGUAAAUGAAUUAAAAGAGGAAAACAGUGGAGGGAAAAUUGUGAAAAUCGCUGAAAGUGAAAACACCAUUGAGCAAGCAGCAGGAUUAACCACGAAUAAAAAGCGAACCAGAGUCGUAACGAUUUCCGAAAGUACUAGCUCAAGCGAUUUAGAAACACCACACAAAAGGAUACGAAUAGAUGCAGAGUCAAAUACUUCCGUUACUUCGAGAGCUGCGGAAUCUGAUAAAAAAGAUAACAAAUGUUCAACCCCUACAAAAGAUGCAAAGCUGGCAGAUUCGCCUAAGAAACCAGAUGCAAUCAUUUUAGAAAAAAGCGAUGCCGCUGAACCAACGAAUACAUCUUCUGAGAUGAAUACCAGAUCGCAUUCAUUGGAGCUCGAAGUCCCACCAACUGUUAAAACUUGCAGGCCGGGUAGUCGUACCUCGGUAGAUGACGCAGAAAAUACACAAGACUCGACUAAAAAGCCCAAAGCUAAGCGAGUACGCAAACCCAAAGUUACAAUCGAGUUGAAUGAUUCAGCUGAAAUACAAUUGAAAACACCAGAUGCUCAUGUUGAUCAGAAUGAAAACGAAGGUGGGAACAUCUCGACCAUAAAUGAAACAGAAAAUGACAGUCAUCAAACAGUAAGUGCGAAGGAAAUAGGCAACGACAAUUCGAAAGCGCGAGAAAAUCGUACAAAGAAGAUCGAAGCAAAGGAAACUAAAAUCGAUACUGAUCAGCCUAAAGCUGUGAAAAAACGUGGGAGAAAGCCAAAAGUAGUCAUCAUCGAUGCCCCACAAUCGGGCACUACCAGUCCGAGUACGGAAAUUAAAUCAAAUGAAAUGAAAAAGGCUACUGGGCGUCAUUCAAAAGGAUAUGAAUUGAGUACAUCCAUUGUGGCAGUUACAGUCAAGGAGGAAUUCGUCAGUGCUGACGCUGAGCUUGUUGUGCCAUCGUUAACCGAAUUGGAAGCUUUUCAAGAAGGGCUGAAGAACAGCGAAGACUCCACGCUCAGAGAAAGCGUAAAAAUCGCGUCUGAGUUCGCAACCUCAACGGCUACGGCGGUCGCAGAGUCGGCAGCAGAUAACAUUAAGCAAGCGGGGAAAAAGAGCAAGUCUCUAGGAGAAAUAGUUGUGAGUUUAGCCAAAAAUCAAGCGGAGAAUGAGGACACAAAAAGGGAUGAGAGUACGCCAAUAGUGCGUAAGAAGCGCGGACGCAAACCAAAGUCACUUAAUGCCACUCUGCCCAGUACGACUGAGUCCACGGCGUGUAAUAGUAUUGCGGAGUUGAAGAAUACAAGCGUGUUGAAUGACACGCAGUCAGAGUUGAGCAUAAAUUCAACUGCAGCUGUUGAUUCGUCGGCAAAUUUGAGCCAAUCGGCUGCCGACUUCGAAACGCCUAUAAAAGUUCCGAAAAAACGGGGACGCAAACCAAAAGUCAUUACGGCCACAGCUGAGGCGUUAACCGGCGAAGAGGCUGCAAAGCCCGUGCCUAGAAAAGCAAGGGGAGUAGUAGAUCUUGAGACGCGCGGCACCUUCAAUGAGCGUCUAUUGUUAAUUACAAAACGUGAACAACUCGAGUCAGACGAAGUGCUCACUGCCGAGCCGGUGGCGAGUACAUCAAAAACAACGAACAUAGCUUGUGGACUCUGUUUGCAGCAAAUGGAUCGUGACGCUUGGUUGGAUCAUUUGGCGACACAUUAUGGUGUCGGUUGGAUAGUGGGCGAAACGACACCAACUAAUGUGACUAUACGUAAUGAAGUGCUAAAGGCUAUGACAGCGUUCCUGAAAACCAACGGCGGUAAAUACACACUGACUUGUCGUAUGUGCCACCGCACUUUUCGUUCGGCUUUGGGUGCCUUGCUGCACAUCGAACUUUGUGGCGCAACGGAUUCGCGUGUACCAUGCGAUUACUGUAAGCGGCAGUACUCGAAACUAAGCCUACUGGUUCAUAUGCGGGAAUGCAGAGUACGUUUUAUGAAUACAACUGAAGAAGGGGGUACAGGUGGAGCAGAUGCGACGGAUGUAAAGGAAGCAGUUUUCAAUAAUGUUGGCCGGAAGAAACGCGCAUCGGUGCAAAAAGCAGAAAAAAUCUUGAAAGCCAUAGGCAUUGAUGCUCGCGGCGCUGGGAUAUCCACCGUGAAAGAUGCUAAAAACUAUAUUCAGCUUGUUCCUGCGCAGCCUGAUCAGAUUGAAAGAAAAUGGUCAGGUGACUUAGAGUCGACAGGCAAAGCCCAUUGCCCCACACCGGAUUGCACUUUCGAGACACAAGAACUAACCGCACUUCAAACGCACUACAAGUGCUGUGAACUCAAGGAAGUAUCCAAUGUGCAGGGAUUUUAUAUUUGUCGACUUUGUGCGAGUUUCGCCAAAACAUACAACAGCGCUAAGGACGCCAUUAAGCAUGUUUUGCAAGAACAUAGAAAUGCAGAAGAUGCGCCAGAUUUCGAGGGAGACGUUUCGGAUUGUGGCAUUAAAACGGAUGACGAAUCGAGCGGUGCUGAUGAUGACAUAUCGUCGGGUGUCGACUCGAAUGAAGAAAGUGGGAGCGGUACUAGUAAUAUAAGUUUUAUUGAAGAUCAAAAAGCACGAAAAAAUGCGCGGAGGAGGAGAUCGCGAAAGAAGAAAUCAGCAAAUACGACAAAUACGAUCGAUAGACAAAUUACCCCACGUGAUCUUGAUUAUAGUAACACCGCAGUAAAAUUAUGGAAUGAAUUCACAACGGAACAUUAUAGCACACAACCACUGUAUAACGACUUCAAAGUCAACUAUAGCAUUUGCGCACGCGCAGAUUACGAACAAUAUUUUCCGCGUACAGAAUGUUCUAUGAAAUUUAGUCUGAAUUCAAAAUUUGAGCUCACCAAAAUCGAUGCUGAAACGCAAUUUGGCAAAGCCGAGAACGUGAAUUGGUCACAACUACAACGUUUCGAGAUGAGCUCGGCCAAUGAUGAGCACUUCAUUUUCAUUGGCGAAGCUAUCAAAAUUGUCAGCUGGGUGCCGCUGCCUGCGGACAUACACGAACAAUACCUACUUAUUAGCUCACGCCGUGAAUAUACUCGCUACAAGAAUCCAAAAAUCGGUAAUACAUUACUUUGGUUGUACAAAAUCACACCCGCUAAUGGUCUAGAGCCACUGCGUAUGCAGCUUCACUACGCUAUUAAUAUACCUGAUGGACCCGUACAUUGCACGGCAUUUUUACCCAGCGGCGGCUAUGAUGCGAGCGCAAAUCGACUAGGAUUGGUGGCUGUUGGCACGGCAGCCUCAUGUACAAUUAAAGUUUAUGCAUUGCCUUUGGAUGCGAGUGUGGAAAAACCAAUGGAGAUCGAUGUGCCAUCCCUUACGGGACAAGCUGAGCAUUUACUUCCCGAUUUAAUAAUAGUGCAAUUACAGCCAGUUUUGCAGUUGAUAUUAGACGUAUCUGAAGAACCCGAAAUGAGGGCACAUCGGCUUGUGAAUACGCAAUGUACGGCGCUAUGUUGGUCGGAGUUUUCCGGGCAUAAACACAUUUUUGCAGGCUUCGCAAAUGGUUGUGCUGGCUAUUGGGAUAUCAGUACGGAUGACAAUUUGAAUCUCCUUAUUAUCAAUGGUCUGACAAAUUACUUGCCAAUGAAUUUCUUCUAUGCGCGCGAGAAGAAUGUGCAUGCAAUGGCGUUACAUUAUGACACCUCAGGCGUGCGUCUGCUUGCGCUCACUGUUGGUAGGCGUAUUUUGUCUAUCUAUGACUUGCACCAGUUUACUCGCCCAAUUCUGAUGAAAGAAGAAGUAGCAAGAAACGAGGUGAUGGACUUGGCGUGGUCCCCACUUUGGCAAUCUUUGGCUGUUGCCGUUUCUGAUUCCUUGGGCACAAUAGGUCAGUGCACGUACGCUGUUAGUCCUACGAAUAUGAAUUUUAAAAAUGAAACAAUUGAUAGAGCGUGUGGUGCAGUUACACAGAUUCAUUACAAUCCCUGGCAGCAUAUAUACGCCUAUGCUACCGAUAAUGGCGAUCUAGCGCUGCUGAAUAUACGCGAAAUGCAUUUUAAAGAGAUUUUGCGAGAUUCACUACAAAAUACGAGAGCUGCAGCUAUAAUGGAUAUGAAAUGCUUGAAUGGGGAGGAUAUACCUAAGUUUGAUCCGAAAUCAGUGUCGGCAGAUUGGAAAUUUUUCGAAGAGGGAUGUGUAGAGAAAUAUGGGCUUGUGUUUGGGCCGAUGACGAAGAUUGAUAGAAAACACAAACCGCAAUAUGUGAGCGCGAAACGUCGACCACCGGUGAAUUUGAUACGUUGCACGCGCAUAAAUAGCAUGCGUUGCAACUUAAAUGUAGGAGGGAAGAAAUUGAUUGCGCUUGGCUAUGAGAAUGGUUUGCUGCGCAUACUCAACAUCGAUCGAAAAUCUGUUUUCGAUUAAAAUCGUUUAGGUUUUGGUACCAAGGACGUUGAAGGUGGCAGUAGAGAGUAAAAUAUGAAACGGAUAUUGGAGAUAAACAAAAUGCAGCAAUGAAAUUAAUAAAGUUGUAGUGGUAAAUAGGUUUCAUGCAUGUACAUAUAAAGAUAAUAUAUAUAAAUUUUUACAUAAUUUUAAGCUAUUUUUAGUAACUUACAGCUGAAAAGUAAUUCUUACAGAUAAUGUAGGAACGUGAAGAUUUUUGGGCA